CAUGUCUGAAAUCGAUAUUACCUCUUAAGAGAAUACUCUCGAACUACCUAAAUUUGAAGAAAGUCUUCCUGAUUUUAAACCUGAACCUCGCAAAGAUCUUAAGUAUGAAAUCAAACAUGAACCCAAAUCAUCAUUUGGUCAAUCAUCUAAAGACCUUAUUGAAUAGUACAAAAGUAAAUUUAACUCCUUUAAACAAAUGGCUGAAGAUUAAUAACCUUUAGCUAUGGAACCAUCUGUUAUUGAAAAAUCAGAAAAAUCUGAUAUUUGGAGGAGUGAUGCUGAAAUUCUAAAAUCUCCUAAAGAAUGGGAUUGGAAUAUUUUGGGAUCUAAAAAGGCUUCAACAACUAGUAAUCAAAUUCAUUUUGAUGUCCAUGUACCAGAUUCAAUGGUUUCUGAAUAGGAACACAAAGCAUAAAUUGCCUAACAUAGAUAAAUGAUUUUAGGUGUAUUAGAUUAGAGAAUUGAACCAGGUUUAAAAUUACCUUCAUCUCAUUAAACUUAAAAACCUGUUGUUGGUGAAUAACAUUCCAAUUAUUAAAAUAUUUUGGAAAAAUUUAGAAGUGCAUCUUCUUUAGAUGAUUUAACAACAUUAUUCAAUACAGUUUAAUAAAGAAAAGUAGUUGAUUAAGCAGCUCCUUAAUAAUAAUAAUAAUAAGAUGAUUUGUUCUCUAAUCUUGAUAUUAGAAGAAAUAAAAAGGCUGAGGCAUAAAUUUAAUAGUACAAGACACCAAGUAAAUCAUAAGAGGAAAUCUUUGAAUAUGGAUCAGGAAAUAGAACUACUUCAUUUUUCUAAAAGAAACCUUCAGCCCAAAAACAAUUACUUUAAAGCCCAAGUUUGAAUAAUCAAUUCAAUUAUAGAUCUGAUUAAUCAGUAACUUCUAAAGUCACUUAAAAUAUGAACUUUUAAGUUGAUGUUAAAGAUCAUAGUAAGACUAGUAAAAGAAAGGAAGAACUUUAAAGUUUUAUGGGUAAAUUAGGUUUAGGUAAAUAUGAGACUCCUAAAGUGGUGAUCAAUUUGGAGAGUAAUACUUAGAGUAGUAAAUUAUUUAUAUAUAUUAAAAGAUUCCACAAUAGAUAGAAUGAGACAAUAUGUAAAUGGAACACCAAUGAGUGCAAGAAAGAGUGGAGGAGGUUUGGGUGAUUUGAUAAAUGAACGUUCUUUAAAUACUACAACAUUUAAGUAGUAAAUCAAAUCUUAUCAUAAAUCUGGUUCAAAGCCAGAUGCAUAAGGACGAUUAAGUGCAGAUAAUCAAAAUUUAUCAGAAUAAUCACUUAGAAAUUUGCAUCUAAAAUUAGUACAUUAAUAAAAGAAUGGAAUUGGAAAUUCUGGAUUAAAAUAUGCUAGAUGUUGAU